AUGACCCCAAUAUUUUUGGAGCCCCCUCCACCAGUGCCCCCCAAUAUCUUUAGAGCCUCCUCCACCAGUGCCCUAGUAUCUUUAGAUUCCCCUCCACCAGUGCCCCCAGUAUCUUACAAGCCUCUUCCACCAGUGCCCCCACCAGUGCCGCCAGUAUCUUGCGAGCCCCCUCCACCAGUGCCCCCAGUAUCUUACGAGCCCCCUCCACCAGUGCCCCCAGUAUCUUACGAGCAACCUCCACCAGUGCACCCAGUAUCUAUAGAGCCCCCUCCACCAGUGCCCCUGUAUCUUCCAAGCCCCCUCCACCAGUGCCCCAAUAUCUUUCGAGCCCCCUCCACCAGUGCCCCCAGUAUCUUUCGAGCCCCCUCCACCAGUGCCCCAGUAUCUUUCGAGCCCCCUCCACCAGUGCACCCAGUAUCUUUAGAGCCCCCUCCACCAGUGUCCCCAGUAUCUUUUGAGCCCCCUCCACCAGUGCCCCCAGUAUCUUUCGAGCCCCUCAACCAGUGCCCCCAGUAUCUUUCAAGCCACUCCACCAGUUCCUCCAGUAUCUUUCUAGCCCCCUCCACCAGUGCCCCUAGUAUCUUUCGAGCCCCCUGCACCAGUGCCCCCAGUAUAUUACAAGCCCCUUCCACCAGUGCCUCCAGUAUCUUACGAGCCCACUCCACCAGUGCUCCCAGUAUCUUACGAGCCCCCUCCACCAGUGCCCCAGUAUCUUAUGAGCCCCCUCCACCAGUGCCCCCAGUAUCUUAUGAGCCCCCUCCACCAGUGCCCCUAGUAUCUUACGAGUCCCCUCCACCAAAGCCCCCAGUAUCUUAUGAGCCCCCUCCACCAGUGCCCCCAGUAUCUUACGAGCCCCCUCCACCAGUGCCCCCAGUAUCUUACGAGCCCUCUCCACUAGUACCACCAUUAUCUUUCGAGUUCUCCUCCCCCAGUAUCUUACAAGCCUCCUCCACCAGUGCCUUCAGUAUGUUUUGA